AUGGCGCCCAUAGCGGUCGAAACGCCUCACCAACCACCACCGACAGCUCCGUCGAAGACCACCACCGGCGAGCCCGUGGACCGGACGAUCUUCCCCGACGGCUUCAAGACCUCGGGCCAACACCCUCCCCUCUACGACAAGCUGUACGCCUACAGCGCGUUCCCGAAGAAAAUCACGGGCCCGACGGUCUGGACCGACGAAUACACCAACCGGCCCGAAACAUGGACGCACGUCUUCUCGCGGGAGGAGAUUCAGGAGAUGUCGACUGCGGCAGAUAAUUUCCUGUCCAACAAUUUACCACUGACGGGCAUCAACCCGGAGAAUUUCCCGCUGCCCGGCAUGUCCGCCUCGCUCCGGUCGAUGCGCGCCGAACUCCUCAACGGCAAAGGAUUCAUCCUGUACAAGGGCUUCCCCGUGGCCGAGUGGGGCAACCACAAGUGCGCGGUCGCGUACAUGGGACUGGGCAGCUACAUCGGGUACCCGGUCUCGCAGAACGGGCGGGGCCACAUCCUCGGCCACGUCAAGGACCUGGGCGAGGACAGCACGCAGAUCGACAAGGUGCGCAUCUACCGCACCAACGCGCGCCAGUUCUUCCACGCCGACGACUCGGACGUUGUCGGGUUGCUGUGCAUCGCCCGCGCCCAGGAGGGCGGCGAGUCCGACGUCGCCAGCGUCCACCAGGUGUGGAACAUCCUGCAGGCCGAACACCCCGAUGUGGCGGACCUAUUGACGCAGCCCGUGUGGUAUUUCGACCGCAAGGGCGAGGUCUCGCGCGGCGAGGAGCCCUACAUCCGCACCAGCGUGUUUUACCUCGAAACACCAGCAGCUAACGGGGACGCCGCGCAGAGGGUCUACUGCAAAUGGGAUCCCUACUACGUGCGGUCGCUCACGCGGUUUUCUGACCAGGGCAUCAUCCCGCCGUUGUCACCUCAACAAGUCCACGCGCUCGAGACGCUCGAGGCCGUAUGCAACCGCGUCAAGCUGCACAUGGUGCUCGACGUGGGCGACAUCCAGUUUGUGAGUAACAGUCACAUCUUGCAUGCCAGGACCGCGUACCGGGAUUACGGCCCCGACAGCGGCAUGCCCAGACGGCAUCUCAUGAGACUGUGGUUGAGCACGCCCGUCAGUGAGGGCGGGUGGAGGCUGCCGUUCCAUGAUGCGGACGAGAGGAAGAGGGGCGGGAUUCAGGUGGAUGAUACGCCGCCCGUGGCGAGGUUGGAUGCCGAUUGA